AUGCCCAACACCAAGACAGUCCAAGUCCCUCACCUGGGCGGCAUCGAUGCCGCAUACCAGUCACCCCAUCCCUAUGACCCAUCGAAGCCCACACUGAUCCUUGUCAACAGCUUCACGACCUCGUCGGAGCUGUACCAGAAACAGUAUGCCAACAAGGAACUGACGGACAAGAUGAACCUCGUGGCCAUCGAGCUGCUAGGCCACGGCCAGACGCGCACCAAAUCCGAGCAGUUCACCUACUGGGACACGGCCAUCAUGAACAUCCAAGUCAUGGACGCGCUGGGCAUCAAGAAGGCCUUCGUGUUGGGGACUAGUCAGGGCGGCUGGAUCACGGUGCGAAUGGCACUUUUGGCGCCUGAGAAGAUUGUAGGCAUAAUCCCGCUGGGCACGUCCCUGGACUAUGAAUCCCAGCGCACUCGCGAUCUCGGCUGCUGGGACGGCGUCAAGGACGUGAGCGGACCCGUCAAUGCAUGGACUUCCAAGACGAAUACCCCGGAUUUCCAACCCGACCUGUCGUACUGCGACUUUUUGAUCGAUAUCGGGUUCGGGAAGAACUGCCCCCAGGAGACGCGCGAUUUCUGGCGAAAGACCAUCCAGGAGAACUACAAGGGCGAUGACGGCAGGAGGAGGGCCCGAAUGGCGGCGAUCAACCUGCGAGACAGAGACGGGUUGCAUGGACGGCUGUUUGACGUGAAGUGUCCGGUCAUGUGGUUGCAUGGCACAGACGAUGUCGUCUACAGCGUAGCGAACGCCAAGGAGGAAAUCAAGCUGUUCGUCAACUCGCCCUCUGCGGAACUGAUCACCGUUGACGGUGGCGCGCACUUUUUGUCGGCCUCGCAUCCAAAGGAGGUGGAUAAUGCCCUGAUUGCGUUUGUGGGCAAGUAUGCCUGA